CAUGGAACUAAAGGAGUAUUUGAGCUUCUGUCUGGAUGGCGGAGAACCAAAGAGAAUUUACCCUUCAAAGACAGGGUAGCAGAUGCCUACUCUGAUGUGAUGGUCACCUAUACCAUGACCAGUUCUCUGUACUUCAUCACCUUUGGCAUGGGCGCCAGCCCAUUCACGAACAUAGAAGCUGUGAAGGUCUUCUGUCAGAACAUGUGUGUCUCCAUUCUGUUGAACUACUUCUACAUUUUCUCCUUCUUUGGCUCCUGUCUGGUCUUCGCUGGCCAACUAGAGCAAAACCGCUACCACAGCAUCUUUUGCUGUAAGAUCCCUUCUGCAGAAUACCUGGACCGCAAGCCCGUGUGGUUCCAGACAGUGAUGAGUGACGGGCAUCAACAGACAUCUCAUCAUGAGACAAAUCCUUAUCAGCACCACUUCAUUCAGCAUUUCCUCCGUGAACACUACAAUGAAUGGAUUACCAACAUCUACGUGAAGCCAUUUGUUGUCAUCCUCUAUCUUAUUUACGCCUCCUUCUCCUUCAUGGGAUGCUUGCAGAUCAGUGAUGAAGCCAACAUCAUCAAUCUACUAGCCAGUGAUUCCCCAAGCAUUUCUUAUGCCACGGUUCAGCAAAAAUAUUUCAGCAACUAUAGCCCCGUGAUAGGAUUCUACAUCUACGAGCCUCUCGAGUACUGGAACAGCAGCGUCCAGGAGGACCUACGGAGACUCUGCAGUGGAUUCACUGCAGUGUCCUGGGUCGAGCAGUACUACCAGUUCCUGAAAGUCAGCAACAUCAGUGCCAAUAACAAGAGUGACUUCAUCAGUGUCCUACAAAGCUCAUUUUUUAAAAAGCCAGAAUUCCAGCAUUUUCGAAAUGAUAUCAUCUUCUCCAAGGCAGGGCAUGAAAACAACAUCAUUGCUUCUCGCUUGUACCUGGUUGCCAGGACUAGCAGAGACAAGCAGAAGGAAGUCAUAGAAGUGUUGCAAAAGUUGAGACCCCUAUCCCUCUCAAAGAGCAUCCGAUUCAUCGUGUUCAACCCUUCCUUUGUGUUCAUGGACCAUUACAGAUUGUCUGUCACAGUGCCUGUUCUGAUUGCAGGCUUUGGUAUUCUCCUGGUGUUAAUCCUGACUUUUUUCUUAGUGAUCCACCCUCUAGGAAACUUCUGGCUAAUUCUUAGUGUCACCUCAAUUGAGCUGGGUGUUCUCGGCUUGAUGACAUUAUGGAACGUCGACAUGGAUUGCAUUUCUAUCUUGUGCCUUAUCUACACUUUAAAUUUCGCCAUUGACCACUGUGCACCAUUGCUUUACACAUUUGUAUUAGCAACUGAGCACACCCGAACGCAAUGUAUAAAAAGCUCCCUGCAAGAACAUGGGACAGCCAUUUUGCAAAAUAUUACUUCUUUUCUUAUUGGGUUGAUCCCUCUCCUAUUUGUGCCUUCGAACCUGACCUUCACACUGUUCAAAUGCUUGCUGCUCACUGGGGGUUGCACACUUCUGCACUGUUUUGUUAUUUUACCUGUGUUCCUAACCUUUUUCCCCCCUUCCAAAAAGCACCACAAGAAAAAGAAACGUGCCAAACGAAAGGAGAGAGAGGAAAUUGAGUGCAUAGAAAUCCAAGAGAACCCUGAUCAUGUCACCACAGUCUGAGGGGUGUAGACUAACGGAUUAUUUUUCUUUUCCAGUAUUGCACAACGAUGCAGAGUAAGUAGAGCUCAGACCUCAGCUGCUUGGGCUGGCCGGGGGUAACAAGGCAAGUCAGAUCAAGAGUGCAUUAUUCAUGACACAUCAAGGUGCCUGUUGCUUGGGGGAAAGAGGGAAUUAAAAAUGAGGGAAAAGUUCUUUGCAACCUUGUUCUCCACUAAAGAUAAGUUUCUGGACAUGAUCUUAGAGCUCUUUCAAGGAAUGGAUGAAUCACU